GGUUCUGGUUUUCAGCAGUACCGGUUCAACUUAUAUUUUACAGCAUUUCUUUGCCAUUUAGCAUUCAGAUAUGUUUGUUAUGUCAUCCUUGACGACGGGGAAUUUCUGUUGUGCCACAACUGGCAAUGUACAACCUGAUCCGCAACGAAAGCUCGCACGUUUGAAUGUGAUCCCAAGGAACAAGCACUUCACUGUGGGAGAGUUUCCAACAAAGCCAAGCGCACCGAACCUGGAUGAUAAGGUGGUGCGCUUGCGCAGUGGCCCGUAGCGGGUUGGUUGCCGACGGAGAGGGAGGUGGGCCAGGAUCGCAGGCCCCGCCCCUUACUGCUGCUGCGCCGAGCAGCGCAGGCGCAGUGCAAGUCUACCUGAGCUACCUCCAUGAGCGCGGUCGGUCGGCGGGUAUUGGGCCGACGGCUCAGUGUUGGUCGCCCGGCGGCGGUAUUGAGGUGGUACCGGCGUCCCUGAGCUGUGCAUUCGGCGGAUGUAAAAUACCGAGAGAGCCUGCUUUCCUCGGCUGACAUCAGGCCUCCUGUACCCCGGCGGUUGGAGCGGGAUGUCGAGCCCGGCGCUGUUGCCGCUAUCGAGUCGCCGGUUGGCGGCUCUGAGUCCCGGUUCAUCUGUGUCUUUUUACCCGCAUCACAGAGCCACCCUGCGGCUAUCGGAGAAAUUCAUCCUUCUGCUCAUCCUCAGCGCCUUCAUCACCCUGUGCUUCGGGGCCAUUUUCUUCCUUCCCGACUCCUCCAAGCACAGGCGCUUCGACCUGGGGCUGGAGGACGUGCUUAUCCCGCACAUUGAACAGGACAGGUCGGCGGGACGGGACGGCAGCGCCGGACCACAAGGCGGCGGCGGAGUUAUGGUGCAUGGAGGCGGGGAGGAGCAUCGGCACCGACACAGGGAGGAAGAGGAACAACUGCGGAAAAUGAUCAGGGCAGAUCACGAGAGAGCUCUAGAAGAGGCAAAGGAGAAACUGAAAAAAUCCAAAGAUCAAAUCCGUGCUGAGAUUCAGACAGCGAAAAAUCGAGUGGCACAGGAUGCGAAGAAAAGAGAAGGCAAGCAAUUACCACAAGUAGCUAUUCCAAAACUGGUGGGAAUCAAUAAUGGAGACCCUGGUGAUCCAGAUACCAGAGAAAAGCAAGAGAAGAUUAAAGAGAUGAUGAAACAUGCUUGGGGAAACUAUAGACAGUAUGCUUGGGGGCACAAUGAAUUGAAACCUCUUUCAAGAAAAGGUCAUUCAACCAAUAUAUUUGGAAAUUCUCAGUUGGGUGCUACCAUUGUGGAUGCAUUAGAUACGCUCUACAUCAUGGGACUUUUUGAUGAGUUUCGAGAUGGGAAAGAAUGGAUUGAGAAGAACUUAGAUUUCAGUGUGAAUGCAGAAGUCUCUGUCUUUGAAGUGAAUAUAAGGUUUAUUGGAGGUCUUCUGGCUGCCUAUUAUCUCUCAGGAGAGGAGGUCUUUAAGCAAAAGGCAGCACAACUUGCUGAGAAGUUGCUGCCUUCCUUUAACACCCCGACUGGUAUCCCUUGGGCAAUGGUGAAUCUGAAGAGUGGUGUUGGACGGAACUGGGGCUGGGCAUCUGCUGGGAGUAGCAUUUUGUCUGAAUUUGGGACUCUGCAUUUGGAGUUUGUGCAUCUGAGCUACCUGACAGGGGACCCCAUCUACUACAAGAAAGUGUUACAUAUUCGGAAGUUAUUGCAGAAUAUGGAUCGACCUAAUGGCUUGUACCCUAACUACCUUAAUCCUAGGACAGGUCGCUGGGGCCAACAUCAUACUUCUGUGGGUGGACUAGGAGACAGUUUCUAUGAAUAUUUGCUGAAAGCUUGGUUAGUAUCUGAUAAGACAGAUACAGAAGCAAGGAAAAUGUAUGAUGAUGCAGUGCAGGCUAUCGAGAAGCACCUUAUCAGGAAAUCAAACAGUGGUUUGACUUUUAUUGGAGAAUGGAAGAAUGGUCACCUUGAGAGGAAAAUGGGUCACCUGACAUGUUUUGCUGGAGGAAUGUUUGCUCUCGGGGCAGAUGGAUCCCCAGACGAUAAAGCAGGACAUUAUCUACAGCUUGGUGCAGAGAUUGCACACACCUGUCAUCAGUCAUAUGACAAAACAGUGCUAAAGUUAGGCCCUGAGGCAUUCAAAUUUGAUGGUGGGACAGAAGCAGUGGCACUGAGGCAAAAUGAAAAAUACUACAUCCUUCGGCCAGAAGUGAUAGAAACUUACUGGUAUAUGUGGCGAUUCACCCAUGAUCCCAAAUAUCGGCAGUGGGGCUGGGAGGCAGCUCAGGCCAUCGAUAGGUACUGCAGGGUGAUUGGGGGAUUUUCAGGUGUCAAAGAUGUCUACUCUUCAUCGCCAGCCUACGAUGAUGUACAACAAAGUUUCUUCUUGGCUGAAACACUAAAGUACCUGUACCUCCUGUUUUCUAGUGAUGACCUCUUACCCUUGGACUAUUGGGUUUUUAAUACAGAAGCUCACCCUCUUCCUAUUUUACGUUCUAUGAACUCUACCAUGUUUGGAAAUAUGGUACUUCAAUGAAGACUGCAAGAGAACUGGAAGUGAACUCUACUGUUUUGUCGUAGUGCUAGCAGGACAAGUGCAACUAAUCUUCAGAGAAAAGAAAGGAUCCUAAUCAGUAAGACUUGAAUGAUUUGAGAUUAAAUCAUGUAAGAAAGAUGUGGACUACUGAGGGAAUACAUCUUUCACAGCAGAGUACAAUGAAUGUACAAGUUUACUAUGGUGUAGUUGGCAAUCAGUACAGUGUGAAUGCUGUACAAUUAACUUUAUGACUGAUGUUCAAAGAAAGCUUAACAGCACUAGAUGUAUGUAAGUAGUACAGGAUAUUUUUCUUCUGCACUACCUAAAGCCAUUGAAUCCCUGGCAAGAGUGGAAUAGCCUCAGUUUUUAAAGAAAUGGUAUCUCUUUUGUGGAGUUUCCGACAUGUGGUUCUUCCUAUCAAAUUAAAAUGAAGAUCUUUCAAUUUUUGCAGGGAAAAUCCUUGCAAAAGGCUGCCUCCAUGUUAAACAGAGGGUUUGUUCCAAUUCUGAUGUAGCAUAUGAUUGCUGAUAUCUUGGGUUUGAUUGUUGGAAUCUUACCAUUAUAAAUGUGCUUGUAAAAAUUUCUGCACCUUGCAAAUUUUCUUUACCCAUAAAGGAGUCUUUGCAUUGAUUUUUUUCAAAAAUAUUGGUAUCACUUUCAAAUGAGAACACCUAGCUAACUGUAAGUCUUGGUUUACUUCGGAAAGAAUUAAAUCUUUUAGUGUAUUUUCCAGUGUUGUAAAAAGGUGUUCUUUUUCCAGGAUAUGUGUUUUCAUUUGGACAGAAAAGCUGUAGCACUUAUUAGUCUGCAGUAUUCGUUUCCAAAAGAGGCAGAAAGUUAGCACCACAUUUGAGACUGAACCACUUCAUUGUGGUAAAAUAAUUAAAAGAUGGCUAAGUUUGAUCCUUGCUUUCCUUUUAGUUCAUAAUUGGCGGUGAUCAAGAUUUUAAAAACUGCUCUUCAGCAGCGGUGAAUAAAGGUCCAAAUAAGAGUUAAUCAAACUUCCUGGAUUUGGUACACACCUUUUACAGUAUUAAAAGAGGAAUUGAUCAUUUGUGUUGUAAGCAUCACUUAAUCAAGGUCUGUAAAGCAUUUAACCCUGAAUGAUACCUACAGAAAGUUUGAUUGUUUUUCAUUUCCCCAAACUGAAGGAUAUAUUUAGUUUAUACAAUCUGCUCCUCUUAACUCGGUUGCUUAAAUUAUCUGGAAUUUCAAAUUUUUUUAACUCAAUUCUCAGCAUGAUGUAUUAUUUAUGCUUAAUUCAAAUUCAUGGGUAAUUUAUCUCUUCAGUGCAAAUGUGACUUUGAAUUAUUGGGAGUAGAAUGUAUGCAUACUGAAACAAAGGUGUACCUAAUUAAAGAAAACCACUGAUGUCUGAGGUUUUAUUGUUUACUGUAUUAGCUAGUGUCUACUAUAAGUUCAGGUAGGAUGUAUCCCCUUCUUCCCCCACGAACUCCGUAAUUAAUGGAAAAGAUUCUUUGGAAGAGAAGAGGAAAUCUUUAUUUUAAGAGCCUACUUAUUGCAACAUGAAGCUGCAUUCCAAUAAGUGAAUAAAACUUAUUACCAUUUUAUUUUUUCUGCCCUGCUAAUGCAAAAAAAGAUGUUCACACCCGAAAUCUCAAUCCUGUACUCAUCCUGACAUUUUCCAAGCUUAAAAUGCGGACUAAUUCAUUUAGUUGGUAAUUGAUGACUGUGGAAUGGUUGUGCCUUUGACUCCAUCCCUGAUAAUUGCUGACUACUUUGUGUUCAAAGUAAAUUGUGUAUACAUUACUAUAUACUACCUUUAAGUUCAUUUUCUUGCAGGCAUUUACAGGAACAAUAAAGAAAUACAAUAGAAUCUAUGAACAAUCAUAUAUAAAUAAAGACAAACAACCAAUGUGCAAAAGAAGACAAAGUGUGCAAAUAAAAGAAAUGCUGAGAACAUGUGUUUUAAAGAGUCAUUGAAAGUGAGUUUGGAGGUCACUUUCAGUUCAGACAAUUUUACGUCCCUAUUAACCCGCAUGGUUUGGAAUCGUCCUCUUUCAAAAAUCAGUUAUCACAUUUUCCCCUAUAAAAACAUCCUCAAUCUUCCUGGUUGAAAACUAUUAUCAUCAGUUGUAAGAUGGAUAAUUUUUUUGGUAUGUAUUUCAACAGAAUAGUUCCUGAAAUAACGAUUCUAUUCUCUUUUUAAGGGAGUUUCUUUUUCUUGUUUCAUACUUUCUUAUUUGUCUGAUGCUUGCUUUAUUUGUAGAAUACCUGAACUAACUUAUUUCAUUAUUUUUCCAUCCUACUGUUUUUGGAAUGUAUCACUCUGCAAUAUCUUUCUGCUCUCAAGUCCUUAACAUAUGACUUGUCAAAUUUGCUGAACUCACUCAGUUUUAAUUAUUUGAAACGAGGUUUCUGUUCCUUCCUUAACAGCGUCUAAGUGGUCAUAAUCAAGGUCUGUACAUUAAUGCUUCAUUAUUUAAUCAUGUUCUUGAAUUUUGAGCAAGCUUUGACCUAAUUGAUCAUGCUAUUUUCCUGUAAUGUAUUUCCUCCAUUCUGUAAUUUAGUCAUGCCGUCAAUAUUUCAUCAAAAGUGAUUUCAGUUUCCACAUUUGUAACAUUGCAAUUCUCUAUCCAAACCUCACUGUCUUUUGCUGAAGCUCUUAUUUUCAAUAUUUAAAAUAUGCUUUUCAUUGCCUUUGUGCUAUCUUUGUGAAGUACAGGAAGAUUUUCUACAUUAAAGGUAAUAUACAAGUUCAAGUUGUUGAUGCAGAAUGAUGUCUUCCACCAAUGCAGCCCAUACUCUACCCGUCCCUACCUGCUUCAACAACCACCACCUCGAGAAAACUUUACUUCUCUAGGAAGUUGAUGGGAAUAUACAAGGUAUUGUUCAUUAAGUGAUUGUUGUUAACUACUUUGCCAUUGCUGUUAGAAGUUUAGCUGGCUCAGCAGGAGUUACCUUUUUUGAUAAAAUUCUACAGAGGCAAAAAUUUAUAGUUAAUCCUGAAGACCGAUAUCAAGAUCACAUCUGUUGAAGUAAGAAAUAGUAUUUGAUCCCUGAAGGCAGCGGUAUCAUUCAGCCAUUUAAUUUUCCUGCCUUUGUCCUCUUGAUUGCUUUAAUAAAUAGAAAUCUGUUGACCUUUUAUUCUGAAUUUAAUUGUACAGACUCCACAGUCCUUAAAAACUGUGGUGCAAUUUCACAGUGUCAAACAUUUUACAAACAAGUCGAUGCAUUUUUGAUUUUGUUUAUUUUAGGCUUUGUAGUGAAAUCUAGUGAUUCAGUAGUGAUGAAUUUAUAGAUUUGAAUCUCUUAACUGGGAAUCUAAUUUGAUAACAACUAUCCUGAAAAAUCCCACUUUAUAACUGAAGAGCCUGUUACGAAUUAAGAUUGUGUGAAGUCAGCUAACUUACGUUGUUUGGGAGUUUAAAGUGAGAGGCUCAGAAACCACACUGCUUUUAAUACACUGUAACCUUCAGUGUGUGAGUUUGGUACUUAAGUGUGUUUAGUGAGAAGGGUCCAUGGGAGAAUAACCUUUGAUUCCACUAUGUGACAUUAGUACAGGAUGAGUAAAUCGGUGGUGGUUCAGAGUCAUACAGCAUGGAAACACACCCAUGCUGAGUCCACACAAACCAGUAAACACUCUUUACAUUAGCCCUAUGUUGAUCCUAUUCUCAUCCCAUUCCCGUGAACUCCCCUCAGAUUCUACCACAAACCUACACACCAUGGCCAAUAUACAGCAGUUAAUUAACCUGGGAAGUGGGAGGACACAGACGCAUCAAUGGGAAGCCAUGCAGUCAUGGUGAGAAUAUGCAAAUUCCACAGGGAACAACAGGAAUUCUGCAGAUGCUGGAAAUUCAAGCAACAUACAUCAAAGUUGCUGGUGAACGCAGCAGGCCAAGC